UGUUUCUUAAUCUUGAGUUUGUCUUUGUCUCAACUAAAAUUCUUUCUGUUUAGUUGUGUAGAUAGAUUGUAUUUUUCAUCUAUUGAAGCUCUUUAGUUGUGUGACAUUGUAAUUCUAUAGCUUGCAAGUCAUUUUUCUUUCUGUUCUUGUUCCCUUUGUCUCUGUCUUUCAAGAGGGACAAAAGCUCAGGAUAUUGCGAAAAGAAUGAAACUUGUAAUCAUGUUCUUGUCAUUUUAGCUUCAAUUCUUUUCUUUUGAGGUUCAUUGUAUCAUUAAGAAUCCACAUAUAUGCAUAUACAUGAGCUAGAAUAUUAUAUAAAAUAUGUCAGCUUCAGUAAGUUACUGUUGUCUCUAAGUUUUUUCUGGGUAGAAAUUGAACAUCUUCAUAAGUUCUAUCACUGUUGUGUUUCACCAAUAUGUGAUGAAUGAGCCACACUUGGGGCGAAAACAGAGUUUUACCUUAACUUUGAGUUGAAAUUUCUGCACUGUUCUUUCACUAUUCUGUUUCAUAAGUUUUUUUUUUUUUUGCAGCAUAUUGAUGUCAUUUUCUAUUACCUAAGAAAGAAAGGAAAAUAUGAUACCAACAGUAAUGUUCGUUUUACGACGACUGAUUGUGUUUUCAAGACAAAGAUUACCAAUUCUUUCUUUAAACUUUGUGAUGCUCAUGAGGAUAAGAAAAAUUUUAAAGUUUUAGAUUCUGAUGAUAUUGCCCGGUAUAUCAGUGGACGUCGUUUGUUGGCAAGUACCUCGUGGGAUAAAGUGGAUUUUGUUCUUAUUCCACUAAACAUUAAAGAGAAUCGUCACUGGAUUUUUGUGGUGUUUGAUAUUGGGCAAAGGUCAUUGGAGGUGUAUGAUUCAUUUCCGGCUAGGGGUGGGGUGAAUUUAGAGGUAAAAAAUAUUGUUGAGAUGCUUUCGGUUGUUUUACCAUAUUAUCUAAGUGUGGUUAAGUUCUAUGAUAAGCGUCCUGAAUUGAAGUCAACACCAAAAUACAGUGAGAUAAAUGAGUUCGAGAAAAUUGAGUUUCAUUUCAUAACUAAAGAUGUUCCCAGACAAAAUGAGGAUUCACUGGAUUGUGGAGUUUUCGUUGCUGCAUUUGCGGAGUUUGUAAGUAAUGGCCAACAUAUUCAAAAUCAACAAGUAAAGGCAGACAUUGUCCGAAAGAGAUUUGGAGCUAUAUUAUGGGAAUAUGCAAGAAGGAUGCAAGCGAGUGACCUUCAAAGUGAAGACGAAAGACCAGUUAGAUAAAGGAAUAUAGUUAUAUUAGUUAGUAUGACUAUGAAAACUAUAUAAUGUAAAACAAUUUGUAGUUACUAUGGCUAUGAAAAAUUGUAUUGCUCUAUUUUGUAAGUCUUGAUAUUAUAUACCUAACUGUGUUGUUUAUAUGUAAGUCUUCUAUUUGAAGUUGUUCCUUCUUUGUGUCCUUAUUGAUCCUUUCUGUUUGUACUUCCUCUAAGGAAUUUUGUCUUUGCAGUUGGAAUGCUACAUAUGUUAGUUUGUUUGGGAGCAACAAGUUGCUGCCCAUGUCUAUCCAGCUUGCUGGAAGUAUGCAUGAUUGAGUUUAAAAAAGUCAAUGCUCCUCAUACUUCUGUUUGAAUGACACUAUGAAUGCUUAUGUAAAACUGGCAGGAAAUGGUAGUAAAAAAUUGUAAUUAGGUUGAUUUAAAGUUAUAGUUUUAUUUGAAUAUGUAAUUUGAGUAGUAAAAAAUUGUAAUUUUCGAGGUGAACAUGAAACCUCAAUAAGUUGU